UUACUCUCAGAUGAUGCCGAGACUGUUGAUCUCGUUCUCAUCCACCAUUGAAAGCACGUCGCAUGGGACAUGAAGAUGAGAAGAUGAAAGGGUUAGCACGCACAUGCACCGCACGGGCGGCCCUCGGAUUCUUGAAGUGCGUGCAGCCUACCGAUGCCAUCUACUUCUCCAGUAGCAGAACACCAACCUCUGGUUCUCUGCAUCUCUCUAGCUGUAACUUGGACUCUACAUCUUGUCCUCAUUAAGAGUACGCAUAUCUUCUUUGCAUGUAGUCCACCGGUUCGUCCUUCCACCUUCUCUCACUACCACCGGCAUGCAUGUUUUCCUUCUCUCUUCUGCGAGAUCCAAUGAUACAUGUCCCUCGCUCCUAUGCCCUUCGUUCCAAUCUCUCUCCCACUUUUAUCUCAGAAAAACAGAGGCUCAUACCUUUCCCUUUCACCAGGACAACAACAAGCAUCCACCAGGACUUUUCGUGUCUGUGACCUGCAAUGUCUCACAAUGGAAUGCCGCCAUUCUUCUCUGCAAGCUUGUUGUCACGGAUUCCUUACGAGGAGAGCCACCACGCACCCCACAACUCCACGAAUCCACUAAUGCUACCCACCUAUCCACAGGACUUGAGAGGGAGAAGAUCCACGUCCUUCUCGGGGAUGGAGACCUGCGAGGAGCUGAACCUGGAGGAUGAUAUUUCCGACGACGGACUGCAGCCACCGGGGGAGAAGAAGAAGAGGCUGAACUUGGAGCAGGUCAGGACGUUGGAGAAGAGCUUCGUGAUGGGGAAAAAGCUGGAGCCAGAGAGGAAGAUGGAACUAGCCAGAUCUCUCGGGCUGCAACCGAGGCAGAUAGCUAUAUGGUUCCAGAACAGGAGAGCGAGGUGGAAGAUCAAGCAGUUGGAGAAGGACUACGAUGAACUCAAGAGACAGUUUGAGAUGAUGAAGGCACAGAAUGAUGCCCUGCACGCCCACAACAAGGAGCUUCUUUCUCAGAUUUUGAGUCUCAAAGGCAAAGAUGUCUCCGAGUCCAUCAAUCUCAACAAGGAAACAGAGGGCUCCUGCAGCAUGAGGAGCGAGAACAGCCCUGACAUCAGUCUGGAGAUCUCAAGGGAACCAAUGAACCAUAACCCGUCGGAUCUCCACCAGCAGAGCAGAACCUUCUUCCCGAGUGCUUCCCAGCUUCUUCAUAGCUCCUCCAAGUCAGAAACACCCAAGGUGGAGAGCAGCGUCCAGAGAGACAACCUCUGUAACAUGUUCUACAGCACAGAUGAUCAAUCUGCCUUCUGGGCGUGGUCAGAGCAACACAAUUUUCAUCAGUAGGCCAUCUUUACAUGCUUUCUUUACGAUGACAGGGAUCAUCAUCGAAAAGAAAGCUGCCAGUUAGAAUUGGAAAUGUGAUACAUCUUCUGUGAGUGUAUCUGUGUGUCACCUCUCACCGGACUAAAGUUGCAGCACACUAGGUUUUAGCGAGUGUCAUUCAUGGUCGUUUGCCGAACCAUCAUCAUUCUUGUAAAUGAAGCUUCAUUCUUGAUCGAAGAAAAUAAAUGUGCUCGCUUUCGAAUACAAA